GGGCGCCUGGCCAUGUCCCUUAUCGUCGUCUUUGCAGUGUUAUGUAAGGAAAGGAAAUAUGAGCAUUGUCAUCUCACCUGCAAUGAGUUGGCCUUCUCCCUCACAGGUCUCCCGCCGUGGCGCUGCGCUGCUCUUCCAAGGUCCAGCGUGACGAAGGAUGCAACGUUCCUGCCUCAGAGCUCGGGCGCCCUCGGCGGCCAAUCGCCCAACUCGUCUCUGUCACAGCCGCAGCAGCUGCUUUGCAAUGACGACCAAGGACACUGCAGCGUGUUGCAAACCGCACAGCGCAGCACUUGGGCCACAGAGGCACCACCCCCACACAGCGAGAGGGAAUGGGCACGUUCCGGCGUGCAUGCAGAGGAGCCUCCUUCAGAAGAUGAGGGAGAACGGCAGGAACACAAGCCAGAACACAACCCGAGACACGGGCGGCAACACGUCAAGGAUGCGGCCAAAAAGAUCUUGGGGCCUUAUAAGCAAGAGAAACCUUCAGAGGCUUUGCACGAAGGUCCGGCCCUGAAAGUGACCGAGAAGGAGCACGACAAAAAGCACGAGGCCCAUACGGAGCAGGAAGUCACACACAUUGAAGACCACGAGGCCCACGAGCACGGGAGACCAGCGACAGUCGAUGCAUGCUUCCUGGUAUUCCUGCACCUCUUCUCGGCCGUCAUUGAGUGGGCAAACUCCAAGGUGCCCUUCAUCCAGCUGCCGGUGUCGGUCGUACUCUUCCUUAUCGGUAAGACGCCACGGCACAUCACACCUGCCUGUCUCUUGUUUGGAUUCCUGUCUGACUGCUUACUUAUCUACAUCGUUCAGGCCUGCUCUUCGCAGCGUGGUGCCACGCUGGCGGUGAGGCACCCAAGUACGAUCCCGGCUGGUGGCUGGGUGCGGAGGCCCUCUACACCGUUCGGCGGACGCUUCACUACUCGACACAUAUCUCACCACACCUCAUCUUCUACGUUUUCCUGCCCCUAAUCCUAUACGAGAGCGCUUCAUGCGCACAAUGGUGAGACAGCCAUUGGUCCCGAUACAGGCUAAUAGACGAUACCUCUGUGUCUCAUCAGGUUCAUAUUUCGCAAGCAGCUGGCCACUUCGUGUCUCCUCGCCUUCCCCGGGGUGAUCCUCAACAUCCUCAUCUGUGGGCUCUUCCUCGUUUUCUGCAUCGGCGGUCCCUAUCGGGAGAAUGUCUUCGGUACAUACGGACCCACAGUCACCGGAUCCAUUCAUCCAUGACAGAAACUUUUCUUCUCUUCUCGUCUCAGGUGCGUUUCAACUGUCUUCAGUGGCCUCUGCCACUGACCCAGUUGCGGUUGUUGCCAUGCUGGGAUCGCUCGGAGCACCCAAAGUGAGCCGAGAUCACAGAGGGCUGGGACGGUGAUACAGUGUUUGCGAAUGAGUGCAGAAACUGUCUUCGCUCAUCGAGGGGGAGUCGCUUCUCAAUGAUGGAUCGGCAGCAGGUAGCGCUAACAAAGGAGGGAAAUGUCAGAUGAACUGAGAUGCAGCAGUAUGUCCUCAUAUAUCCAGUAUUCUUCCUCCUGCUCAAGGACUUCGCCUCUGGUGGAAAACCCCCUACACCGUUGAACAUCAUCAUAACGACCCUCCAGCUGGCGGUAUCCGGCGAUUUCGAUGAAGGCCAUCGUCACAAGGCAGCAGUGACUGAACAGUGAUCGGGUCAACAUGUGUGUGUGUCAGAUCGGGGGACCUCUCUUCGGUGUCGUAUGGGCGGCCUUCAUCUCCUUCUGGCUCGACAAGAUAUGGAACUGGUGAGCAGUUCACCUGCACUGCACACAAGCACAUCGCAUCACAUGUUUAUGUAUUCCAUUGCCUUGCCCCAGGCCCAACCUGGAGAUCACAGUGACUCUCUUCGGCAUCUAUGGUGGCUACUUCAUUGGAGAGGCGAUCCUUGGCACGUCGGGCAUUCUCACCACGGUCUGCUUCGGGUUGUUCUUUGCUGUCGCUGGGAAGUAUUCGAUGUCUCACGAGACGCAUGAGGCGCACCACCACGUCAUUUCAGCUGUUGCACACGUGGCUGACAGAUCGCUCUUCCUGGUCGCUGGUACGUGAAGACAAACCACACAUACUUCUUCCAUGUCGGUGUCUUAGCCACUGUCUGGACCUCCUGUCUGUCUGUCUGUCUGUCUGUCGGUGCAUGGAUGCACACAGGGAUGAUAUGUCAGCGGAUCAUGCAGGAAGAGGAGCUCGCGGAGUGGGCCAUCAUGGGGGGACUGUACCUCUUCCUUCACUUCGCCAGGUGUGGAUUUGAUCCUUGAGUAGUUACGCAUAGAGACACAGAAGCACAUGACAUGCCCAGUCAUUCCUUUCACCCGCAGAGCGCUGGUCAUCCUGCUCUUCUGGCGUUUCUUGAGCACCUGGGGAUAUGGCCUCAACUGGAAGGAGGCGGUCGUGCUCUGGUGAGAAACCGACACACAGGCAGUGAGUGCAUUAGCAGACAAGUCUCGGUGUACGUGUGUAUGUGUGUAUAUUUGUUUGUACGUAUAUACGGAUGUGUGUGUGUACAUUGUGACUGACACGUAUACGCAGGUGGGGUGGCCUGCGUGGAGCCGUCGGCCUAUCCCUGGCCCUCGAAAUGGAACACAACCCUCUGUUGUCCAAUGGACUCAGAGACGUAAGACACACGCACAAAAGAGCCCUCGCCUCUCAUGGGUGGAACACGAUACUUGUCUAUCACAUGGCAGCCUUCCACGUCGCCGGUGUGGUGCUGCUGACGACAUUCAUCAAUGGUGUGACGGCUGAGUAUGUGUACAAGGCCCUGGACAUCUACCAAAUUAACGCAUUCAAGGUAGACAGAGUUGGAUGGAUGAACCGGACAGACACACAUGGGAAGCAAUUGUAUGUGAUCAUGAAUCCAUCAAUUAGGGCGCCUACCUGCAUAAUCAAUACGAGAUACUGGACCGACUUAUCCUGGACCAUGCGAGAGGUUUCCAGAAGAACUGGUUGUACAGCGGAGUGCGGUUCGUGCGCUUGCUGAAGGUGCUGCCUCAGUUUUCGAGCGUCAUGUUCUCCGCCAGCCUGGUGCCCCACUUCACCAACCCAUCGCCGCUCGAGGCCAUGCAAUCGUGCCCUCUGCAAUUCGUCUUGUUGCGGUCGACACAUGCAUGGCAGACAGGGGGAUUCGUCUCUCUCUGCUGCAUAUAUUCCUUUCUUGUUUGCAGCCGUCGCACGAAAGAUCACCGUCUGUCGACUGAUUCGCAGCUGUUGGAGGAUCUCAAGAAGAAGCGGGCUACCGUCCGCGUGUCUAUGGUCGGCCUGCAGGCCAGCGACAUGACGCAAACCAAAAAGGAACAACAGGUGAAGGCAGCAGAGACCCAACAGCAUCAUAGACACAUAGUUGUGUCUCGUUUCUGAUCAGUUGUGUUACCAGAUGUUGUUGCUGAUGAAGGCUGAGUACGACGAGAUGUACGAGCACCACCUCAUGUCAGAGAGCGCAUAUAUCAUCGCUCUCGAGGGCGUGAACGAGGGACUCGACGUGGCCAACGGCGAGAGACAGCACCAAUAUGCUGCCAAGGUAUUGAUUGGGUGGAUGAGCAGGCGGGACACAGGAGAAGCAACCAAAUCAGUCAGCACUCAUUUCGGUACUUCAUGUGGCCAGACUGGAGUCAAGAAUGUGCGCUUCAAGGCUGUUCAGGCGUUUGAGGAAGAGUGGAAGGUAUGUAUGCAUGUCGUGCGCUCUCUUGCCGGUCGAAUGACCCUAUUCAUUUUGUCCACUGGAUAGGUGAUAUCUGGCUUCGUCAAGGGCCGCGAGAGCGUUAGCGGCGAGGGCAACUUCACCGGCAUGGUCGCAUGGAGUGAGCGGGUCAUCGGGGAGCGCGUUGCCAUGCAUACGGCGCAUUUGCACGGCCUGCGUCCUCUCUCUCUCUCUCUGUGUGUGUGUGUGUGUCUGUGUGUGUGUGUUGGUGUGUGUGUUGGUGUGUUGGUGUGUGCAGGUAUGAUUCAUUUUGGCGACCCCCAGGGCAUGAGCUCCCUGUAUCAGAAGACCAUAUGCAACGUCCAACUGCUAUACGCGUAGGACGUAGACGUCAGCAAACAUGUAUACGUGUGUGUACAGCUAUCUCCCUCGUCCAUUUGUACAGGUACGUCCAGACUCGUGAGCACGUGAUUCACAGUUUUGAGUUGCUGUCCCCCGUCACGCGCGACGUUGCUCGUGACGUGCUGGACCACCUCACCCAGACUGUACGACGUUCCGACACAUUAAUCGAUUCUUGGACGGACACAAAUCGCUGCAUGUGGCUCUGCCUACGCGGUGGGAUAUCAUCAGGUGGAGAAGGCCAAGAAGCUGCUUGAGACAGAGGUCAUGUUCAAGAACCCCAUCGUCUUCUCCCUCGUCUGCAACGUCACGGCGGGUAAGCAACACCUGCAUGGACCCGCGAGCGCGUGUGCUGCAUAUGGAUUAUGUGCCUUCUUUGUUGCUGUCCAUCGCUGCAGCUGAGACGUUGUUGGCGAUGGGUUUGGAGGAGGCCAGGGGCCUGGUCAAAGGCGGCUGGCUCCUCCAGGAGGAAGUCGAACCUAUCGAAGAGGUUCCUCACAAAUGUUCAUUCAUGUCUCCAUUUCUCUCUCUCUCUCUCUGUGUGUGUGUGUGUGUGAUAGAUUUUGUACGCCCACACGUUUGCAGUGCAGCGCCUCCGACCCCACAAGCUGCUCAAGGGACGGUAGGGCACACCUCAACACACGAUAUGCUCUCGGUCGUUUGCUCUUCGUGUCCGUCAGUUCUGUAUUCCACACGAGCAUGUCGCGUGCCGUGCCAAACUUGGUCAAGACGCUGUCGGGGGCCGACGUAAGCACCGACCUCACUGACGAAUACAUGCAGACCGCAGCCAAAAUGGUGAGCAAGAGAGUGAGGCCAGGGGGUGGCUUCCCCACUCUGUGUGCAUGUGCUGUGUUGACCUCUGUGUGUGUCGAUCAGAUCAGGAACAUGUUUGUAGUCAAGUCAAGGAAGCUGCACGAAGAUCUCAAGGCCAAGUACAAGUGGCUGCUUCAGUGAUGAUUCCACUGCAGCAGGCACCAUCAUGAGUCAGAGAAAUCGCUGCGUCGAGUUUUGAUUGCGUGAUGAGAGGAGAGCGGAUGCGAGUUUGGACUGCUAUGAGGAGG